UCUGUGCUCUUUCUUUUGUGUCACUUCAAGAGGGGCUCUGAUAUUACUAUUAUUUUAAAGAUAGCUUGCCCUGGGGCGGGGAAACGCACAAGGAAAGAGUCGGCAAGCAGCCUAUCUCUCAGAAGAAAAGAGCGAGCCUCGCAGCACAGGAACUGGCUUCACUCAAGUGUGCAGUUUAGAAGUCAGAAAAUUAUUCCAAAUACCACCAUUUUGGAGGAGGCUGAAGAAAAAGGACACAAAACUGGCUAAACACAGUGAAGAAUGUGGUAAAUCAGGGUGCAAAGUGAACCUAAUUGCAGUUUGCGAGUGGCCUCUGAAGUACAAUUUGGAUUUUCAAUGUGUGCCCACACUGGACUUCCUAAGGAACUGAAAACAAAACAUUUCAGCAUUCGGAGUAAUUCUGGUAUGUUUUUCUUCAUCAAGCUAGUGGCAAAAAUACAGUUGAAAAAAGAUUGUGCUCCCUCAACUUCUGGCAUGGACAGCUGAGGAAUAUAAAGCCUGAUGAAGACAAAGGGUGACAAUUUCCUAUUUUUCACUAUUUAUCUCAGUAGUUCUGGACUUAGCAAUGGAUAUUCUUUCUGAUGAGGAGAGCUCUGUGAACCCAACUGCAAACUCCUUAAUGCGAAUAAAUCAUGAAAGAAGACUCUACAGAAAUGUUUAUGGAGCUGGAGAGAUUAAUAUAUCGCAUCUCUUUAACAUGACUGUGGACUCUGAAAACCUAACUAAUCUUUCAUGUGAAAGUAGCAUGAGUCCACCCUGCUACUCUUCCCUGUUUCAACUUUCACAGAAAAACUGGCCAGCUUUGCUGACAGUGAUAGUGAUUGUUUUAACCAUUGCUGGAAAUAUUCUUGUCAUCAUGGCUGUAUCACUGGAGAAAAAACUACAGAAUGCCACCAACUAUUUUCUAAUGUCACUUGCAAUAGCUGAUAUGCUGCUGGGUUUCCUUGUCAUGCCUGUGUCAAUGUUAACCAUACUGUACGGUUACACAUGGCCUCUACCUACAAAGCUCUGUGCUGUUUGGAUCUACCUGGACGUGCUUUUCUCCACUGCCUCCAUCAUGCACCUCUGUGCCAUCUCACUGGAUCGGUAUAUUGCCAUUCGAAACCCCAUCCAUCACAGCCGGUUUAACUCCAGAACCAAGGCUUUUGCAAAAAUAAUUGCUGUUUGGACCAUAUCGGUUGGUAUCUCCAUGCCUGUACCUGUCUUUGGACUACAAGAUGACUCCAAAGUGUUUAAGAAAGGCAGCUGCUUACUUGCAGAUGACAAUUUUGUCCUAGUAGGCUCUUUUGUGUCAUUCUUCAUCCCUCUAACCAUCAUGGUGGUCACCUACUUUUUAACUAUUAAAUCGCUGCAGAAGGAAGCUAUGCUAUGUGUGAAUGACACUGGCCCAAAGACCAAGUUUGCUUCAUUUAGCUUCCUCCCUCAGAGUUCCUUGUCCUCAGACAAACUCUUUCAGCGCUCUUUGAACAGAGAUGUGAGGACUUCUGGGAGGAGAACUAUGCAAUCCAUCAGCAACGAGCAGAAGGCUUCCAAGGUUCUUGGCAUAGUCUUCUUCCUGUUUGUUGUGAUGUGGUGCCCGUUUUUCAUCACCAACGUGAUGGCUGUAAUUUGCAAGGAGUCAUGCAAUCAAGAAGUCAUUGGAGGGCUACUUAAUGUAUUUGUUUGGAUUGGCUACCUUUCUUCAGCUGUCAACCCACUCAUUUACACGUUGUUCAAUAAAACUUACCGCUCAGCUUUCUCUCGAUACAUUCAGUGUCGCUACAAGGAGGAGAAGAAACCUUUCCAGCUGAUUUUAGUGAACACCAUCCCAGCACUUGCAUAUAAUUCCAGCCAGCUCCAGCUAGCACAAAUGAAGAGUCUGAAGAAAGAGGCAAAAAUUAUGGCUAAGGAUUACUCGAUGGUCACAAUUGGAAUACAUCAUUUGGAUGGUACCACCAAGGGAAGUAUCAGCCCAGUGAACGAGAAAGUUAGCGGUGUGUGAUGGUCAGCAGCUGCCAUGACAACCACCAUGCAUGUGCUGAAAAUUUCACCUGGCUGUCAGGAGCUCUGGCAGCUUAGAAAAAUCAGCCCUGUCCAAGAGAUCCAUCCUCCAAUGACAUCACCUAUGCCUCACAUUAUCCUCUGGAUGAGAAGCAGGGUUGAAACGGUAUCAAAUGUGCCAUUUUUUUUCAUACAGUACUUUGGCUGUUUGAAGCACAGGCUUUAUUAAUCUAUUAUUUUUUUAAUAUUCUAAAGGAUAUAUUUAUUAAAGAAAAAAAAAUAAAGCCAUUUCUGGGCUGUAAAGAAACCUGUGCAUUUCUUUUCCCUUUGCAAAUGAAAGCUAAGCUGCCCUUUGAUGUCCUCAUGGAGUAGGCUCCAGCUAGUUUGUCUUGCUGCAAUGGAAUUUUGUUAUCAUUACCUGAAU